AUGAGCAUUAUGCCCAAGUCUGCGUUUGCGGACUUGGAAAGAGCUCUCUCUCAUGCCCAUAAUAAGGUUAAAGCUCGUCUAGCCAGAGAAGCAGAUCAUCCAGAUAUCAUGGCUCACAUCAUUGAGUACAACAAAGCGAACCUCGAUGUUGGACUUACUCCCGGAGAGAUCGAAGCAAACUCCAUGGCAAUCGUCGUCGCAGGAAGUGAAACCAUCACCACUGCUUUAUCUGGAGCCAUCUAUCAUCUUCUCAAGAACCCGAGCAUUAAGGAGCAAGUGGUGGAUGACAUCCGUUCCAAAUUUGCGUCUGAAGACCAAAUCACAGCUUCUGCGGUAGCUUCAAUGCCAUACUUCACAGCCAUCCUCAACGAAACCCUGCGCAUAUGUCCACCACUCCCCGACAACCUCCGACGGGAAGUUCCCAAAGGCGGUGCCACAAUAUGUGGCCACAUGAUCCCCGAAUGGAUGACGGUUGGCGUUCCAUGUUGGGCAACAUUCUACUCCAAAAUCAACUUCGUUUCUCCAGAUACCUUUUUGCCGGAGCGAUGGCUGAAUGAGAAAUCCGAUUCGGUCUAUGAGAAAGACAAGAAAUCGAGCUUCCAUCCGUUUUCUGCGGGGCUGCAUAAUUGUAUGGGGAAACCUUUGGCGUGGGUUGAGUUGAGAAUCAUCCUAGCGAGGAUUCUUUGGAAUUUUGAUGUUAGUGUACCGGUUGGACGGACGUUGCCUGGCUGGACUGAGCAGAAGAUUUAUUGGACUUGGGAGAAGCUGCCACUAGAGGUUCAAUUGGAGAGGGCUUCGUGA